AUGGCCCUUUGUUUGCACAGAGAGAGCAAUAGUAGUGGAAGCAAUAAUAGCAGCAAGCAGCAGCAGCAAAUGGAUGCUGGGAAGUACGUGAGGUACACGCCCGAGCAAGUGGAGGCUCUUGAGAGGGUUUAUGCUGAGUGCCCAAAGCCCACUUCUUUGAGGAGGCAGCAGCUCAUCAGGGAGUGUCCCAUUCUUUCUAACAUUGAGCCUAAGCAAAUCAAAGUGUGGUUUCAGAAUCGAAGAUGCCGUGAGAAACAGCGGAAAGAAUCCUCUCGUCUCCACUCUGUUAACAGAAAACUGACUGCCAUGAACAAGCUGCUAAUGGAAGAAAAUGACCGAUUACAAAAGCAGGUCUCGCAUUUGGUUUAUGAUAAUGGCCACAUGCGCCAAAAGCUACACACUGUGAACAAGACUACUACUACUACUACUGAUACAAGCUGUGAGCCGACCGUAAAGAACGGUAGGCAAAAACAGCAAAACCCAACACAUCAGCAUCCUCAGACAGAUGCUAAUAGCCCAGCUGGUCUCCUUGCUGUUGCUGAGGAGACCCUGACACAGUUCCUUGGUAAGGCUACUGGAACUGCUGUCGAUUGGGUGCAGAUGAUUGGGAUGAAGCCUGGUCCGGAAUCUAUUGGCAUCAUUGCUGUUGCCCGCAACUGUAGUGGAAUAGCAGCAAGAGCCUGCGGCCUCGUGAGCCUUGAGCCCACAAAGGUUGCUGAAAUAUACAAAGAUCGAAUGUCUUGGUAUCGUGAUUGCCGGUGCCUUGAUGUGGCGAGCAUUAUCCCCACAGGAAAUGGGGGUACAAUCGAGCUUAUAUAUAUGCAGACUUAUGCGCUCACAACUUUAGCAUUGGGUCGUGAUUUUUGGACUCUAAGAUAUACUACCACUUUGGAAGAUGGCAGUCUUGUGAUUUGUGAAAGAUCAUUAACUCCAUCGACUGGCGGUCCAAUCGGACCUAACUCUAACUGCUUCGUAAGAGCUAAAAUGUUACCUAGUGGUUGUUUAAUACGUCCUUGUGAAGGUGGUGGCUCGAUUAUCCACAUUGUUGACCACAUUGACUUGGAUGCAUCGAGUGUUCCUGAAGUGUUAAGGCCACUGUUUGAAUCGUCGAAAAUCCUCGCGCAAAAGAUGACUAUUGCCGCCUUUCGUCAUAUCAGGCAAAUUGCUCAAGAAAUCAGUGGAGAGGUCCAAUGUAGUAGUAGUGGUGGCCGCCAGCCUGGCGUGCUCAGGGCAUUGAGUCAACGAUUGUGCCGGGGCUUUAAUGAUGCUGUAAAUGGGACUGUUGACGAUGGCUGGUCGAUAAUGGAUAGUGAUGGUGUGGAUGAUAUCACUAUAGCCAUUAAUUCAUCCCCGAGCAAGUUUUUGGGUUCUCAGUAUAACUCACUUUCUCUUCUCCCAACUUUUGGAGGCGUUCUUUGUGCACGAGCGUCCAUGCUUCUUCAGAAUGUGCCUCCUGCUUUGCUUGUCCGAUUCCUGAGAGAGCACCGUUCAGAAUGGGCCGAUUAUGGAGUUGAUAUUUACUCGGCUGCUUCUCUAAAGGCUAGUCCUUAUGCAGUUCCUUGUACAAAACUCAGUGGUUUUCCGAGCAGUCAAGUUAUUUUACCGCUUGCACAGACUGUAGAACACGAGGAGCUCUUGGAGGUGGUUCGUUUGGAGGGCCAUGCAUUCUCCCCUGAGGACAUAGCUUUGUCUAGAGAUAUGUACUUAUUACAGUUAUGCAGUGGGGUUGAUGAGACAAAUAGUGGUGGUGCUUGUGCUCAGCUUGUUUUUGCACCGAUUGAUGAAACUUUCGGAGAUGAUUCUUCCACUACUAUGCUACCUUCGGGUUUUCGUGUUAUCCCAUUAGAUACUAAAUCAGAUGGGCCAAACGGGACUCGGACUUUGGAUUUAGCUUCGACUCUUGGGGUUCGUUCGGCAGGUGAAGAAGUUGAUGCGAAUGUUAAUCAAAAUUCGAGGUCCGUUUUAACAAUUGCUUUCCAAUUCAUUUUCGAGAGUCAUUAUCAAGAAAAUGUAGCUGCUAUGGCUCGUCAAUACGUACGAAGUAUAGUUGGCUCGGUUCAAAGAGUUGCAAUGGCAAUUGCCCCUUCUCGACUCGGAUCAGAUAUUGUUCCAAAACCACCUGAAAAUUCACCCGAGGCUUUAAUGCUUGCACGAUGGAUUUGUAGGAGCUUUAGGUUGCAUACUAGGAGAAAGCUAUUUCAAGCUGAUUCGCAAUCGGGAGAAGAUUCUGCUCUGAAAAAACUAUGGAAUCACACAGAUGCUAUUAUGUGCUGCUCGGUUAAGAUGAAUUCAUCAGCAGUUUUUACAUUUGCGAACCAAUCGGGUCUCGACAUGAUGGAAACAACUCUAGUUGCCCUCCAGGAUAUAAUGCUCGAGAAGAUUCUAGAUGAAUCCGGUCGGAAGAUUCUCCUCUCGGAGUUCUCUAAUAUCAUGCAACAGGGUUUUGCGUAUUUGCCAGCUGGUGUGUGUGUUUCGAGCAUGGGUCGACCCGUAUCUUACGAACAGGCCAUUGCAUGGAAAGUUCUUAAUGACGAUGACUCAAACCACUGCUUGGCUUUCAUGUUUAUGAAUUGGUCUUUUGUGUAA